CUGAGGCGGGCGGAGCGCGAGGCGGCGGGCGCCAUGGCGGGGCCGCUGCAGCAGGCCGGGGCGCUGGGGGCGGCGCUGAGGAGCCGCGCCGCGCUCCGCCCGCUGGGGCUGCCGGCCGCGCCGUGCCGGGAGCUGGCGGGGCCGGGGCCCGGGCCCGGGGGGGCGCCGCUGGAGGAGAACCCCUUCUACGGGAAGUACCGGCACAAGAUCCAGGAGCUGCGGAGAUCCAGUCCGGAAGUGUUUGAAUCCCGUAUGGAAAAAAGAAAUGAAGUGAAAAAGCAACCUGUAGGAUAUUCCAAUCAAGGAGAAUUUAUCAGAUGUAUGGAAGAAAAGGCAGAAGGCUUGGGCACAAAGACAUCAAAGGGAGGAUUCACAAAGGAUAAGACGCUUGACUCAAUUCUUAAUGUUGAGAUGGUGAAGGAAAAAUCAGCAGAGGAGAUAAAACAGAUUUGGAAUCAGUAUUUUUCUGCAAAAGAUACGGUUUAUGCUGUUAUCCCUGCAGAGAAGUUUGAUUUAAUAUGGAAGAGAGCCCAGAAAUGUCCAUCGUUUCUGUAUGCUUUGCCAAGAAAAGAAGGCUACGAGUUCUUUGUGGGGCAGUGGUCAGGAACAGAAUUGCACUUCACUUCCCUAAUAAACGUUCAGACCCAAGGUGAAACUGCUCCUAGCCAGUUGGUCUUGUACCAUUAUCCUGAGCUGCAGAAAGAAAAAGGGAUAGUAUUAAUGACAGCAGAAAUGGACUCCAAGUUCUUGGUGGUCCAUGAAGCACAGUGCUUGGCAAAUCAGGUGCAGCUUUUCUAUGCAACAGAUCGUUCUGAGACCUAUGAAUUAGUGGAGACCUUCAACCACAGAUCUAGUGAAUUUAAGUAUAUGUCAGUUAUAGCAGAGCUUGAGCAAAGCGGGCUCGGAAGAGAACUGAGGCCUGGUCAGGUUUCUGACAAGUCGUAGAGCCUGACCUGCAGGUGAAGUGAGCCAGCAGCAGGCAGGGGUCUUCCUAGAUGGGGUGGUCCUGUCUCUUCUGUUUUACGAACUUGGUUUGGCUACAGAAAGGAUCUGGAGACAUCCUGGGAGUGUGAUAGUCAAGCCUGUCUGGUACUGAUGCAAAAUGAGGACUUGGGCCAUUUGAAUGACAAUAACUAAUUGCCAAAAUGGGGCCUUUCAGUGUAACUUCAUCAGAACAAGCCGUUUUCCUGUCCUGUAACUUCCUGCUGCAUGCUAUAUUUUUGAAAUCUAAAAUGAAGUGACAGAAUGGGAGCUAUGUAAUGGACUGUACUGACAUCAGGAGAGAGCUAACAACCAGUGUUUCUUCUCAGUAAAUGAUUUGAAAUGCCCUGUGCCAUUAUAAUUGCAUGGUCUGGUGCUUUUUAAUCUGUGUGGAAUUUAUACAGACUUGUCCAUCAAGAAGAAACAAUAAGACCAGUGGUCUAAAACAGACUACUCUUUGUUACUUUGUGUGUGAGGUUCCUUGCUCAGAUGUAUACUGUGGCCUGUGUUUUUCUCAGGAUUAAAAAAUAGAAUGACUAGAUUUGUUCUGGGAAUUUUGCUGCUUAAUUGGUAUAUAAAUUUUAUCCUGUUGAUGUGUUUUUGUCUUAGAGAUAUUUUUUUUUUUUGAGGAAUAUGAUAUUAUGAGCAUGGUUUUAUUUUUGUAUAUUUUUUAAUAGUGUAGAGGAAUUACUGCCUGCUGUAUAGGAUUAAUUUUUCUCACACUGGCAUCUACAAAUGGUAUUUGAAGGGACAGAAAAUAGCUCUUGUUCCUGUUUCAGGAAAGGCACUAUCCAUAAUAAAAGCAAGAUGGACUGGCGCAGUAACAGAGAGCGAGCCACCAACCGGCUUCUCAAUUGCUAAGUGACAACUCAUGAGAAAAAUGUAUUGGUAUGAACAUGCAUAGCUGCUUUAGCAUGGCAGCCUUGGUAGGAAUCUGGCUUUUAAGGAGUACAGCUGGCUUGGUUUUUUAAACCUGCCUUCAACAGAAGAAUCCCAAAGCAUUCAUGCUUAGAGCUUUUCUUGUUUUCAUUCCCAGCAGAGGCAGCCAGCCCGUCUGUGGACAAGGGCAUUCUGCAGCAGCACGACGUGCAGCCUGUGCCUGCGCUACCAGCCCACCACCACUGCACAGGUGGACAGGUAAACAGGACAGCCUGGAGCUUCCCAGGAGCAACGCUGAACACUUUCCCAUAUCCACAUCAAGUCCCUGGCACUAAAUUGCCCUUAGCACUAAUUAUCCAUUAUGUCUGGGCCGCACUGCAUCCUCCAUCAGCCUGCUGAAGCUGGCAAGCAUUCCCUCCUUUGCCAACGAAACGGAGGCAAGAAGGGGAUGCAGCUAGGUUCUGUCAGAGGAUGACAUAUUUUUGGGGCAGGGCUGGUAACCGAUUUUCUGUGCUACCCUUAACCACAACCUGAUACGGAGGUUUGAUUAAUUAUAAAGGGCUCUUACACAAUCUGUUUGCUAGUGUAAUUGUAGGACCCUGUCGCUGUAAUACUGUCACUCCAUACUUUUGCAGCUCAUUCUUUGGACACGAACAGUGUUCAGCUAAGCACUAAUGGUUGAUAGUAAGGUUUUAUUGUUGGGGUCUAUUUUAGCAGUGACUCAUAUAUGCUGGGUGUGAACUCGUCCAUUCAGGGAAUUAUGUUUUUCGGAGAGGCACAUCUGAAGCUUUGCUGCAAAGAGAUGGUCUUUCUUCCUGGUAAUGGUGUCUCUUUGUUUCUGAUUGUGUUGAGUCUGUGAGUCUGUGCAUAGCAGGAGAAUAAUCAGAGGAGAUGUGGAUAGGGCUGUUAGAAUAUGAACAGCAAAGCACCUUUAUUAAAGAGCCUUUCUACUUCUA